AGAGAGAGAGAGAGAGAGACUGAAAGAUACCUAGUGGAGAUGUAAGUCGCUGCUGAAGAUUCGCAACAACAAGCAAGUGCUUUAGCGCACCUCCCCCUCCCACUGCGCUCGUUUAGAGAGAGGAAAAAAAAACAUAAAACAUGUUUCUCCUUUGCUUGAGAUACACAGUGAUGUGAAUAUCUGCGUGCUGUUGGAAACAGAGCUCCGAGACUGCUUAAAACAGAAAGAAUAGCGGAAACAAGAAUUCCUCGCGUGCUUGCAGGAGUCGGACGCUUAAGCGAUCACACGGCUGCAGUCAUGGAGUUCCCAAAUGAUUCCAUCGGCUUUGCUGACCCCAGACACUUCCAUCUCUACAACGAGUCCCUGUUCCAGAACAACUUCAGCGCCUUCAACGAGACUGACAGCUUCUUCCCAAGGGGCGUCAAGAUCACUAUAGCAGUGGUCUACAUGAUCGUCUGUGUGGUGGGGCUGGUGGGAAACUGCUUGGUCAUGUACGUCAUCAUCAGAUAUACCAAGAUGAAGACAGCUACCAACAUCUAUAUAUUUAACCUGGCACUGGCUGAUGCGCUGGUUUUGGCUACGCUGCCCUUCCAGGGCACGGAUGUGUUUCUUGGUUUCUGGCCUUUUGGCAAUGCCCUGUGCAAGGCGGUGGUCUCCAUCGACUACUAUAACAUGUUCACCAGUGUGUUCACCUUGACCGUGAUGAGCAUGGAUCGAUACGUGGCCGUGUGCCACCCGGUGAAAGCACUGGACAUGCGGACACCCCACAAGGCCAAAGUGGUCAAUAUCUGCGUGUGGGUCUUGGCUUCAGCCAUAGGGGUCCCAGCUAUGGUACUUGGAGACGUGGAAAAUGACAACGGCAUUGAGUGCAUCCUGGUUCUCCCGGAUCCUCGCAGUUAUUGGGACCCAGUGUUCGGGACAUGCGUUUUCCUGCUCUCCUUCCUGGUUCCUGUGGCGAUCAUCAGCGUGUGCUACAGCCUCAUGGUGAAGCGCCUCCGUAGCGUCCGAAUCCUGUCGGGCUCCAAAGAGAAAGAUCGCAACCUUCGGCGUAUCACGCGCAUGGUUCUGGUGGUAGUCGCGGCCUUCGUCGUGUGUUGGACGCCCAUCCAGAUCAUGGCCCUGGCGCAGUCGCUGGGCUUCAACCUGGGCAGCGUCCAGACCGUGGUGUUCAUGCACUUCUGCAUCGCCCUGGGCUACGUCAACAGCAGCCUGAACCCCGUCCUCUAUGCGUUCCUCGACGAAAACUUCAAACGCUGCUUCCGUGAGUUCUGCCAUCCUUCACCGUUCGGCCUCGACACACAGCAGUCGGGCCGCAUGCGCAACAUCGCACGUGAGGUGGCCUACAACUGCAAGACUGCAGACGGGAACAGUAACCCCGCAUGACUAGGCGUGGAGCUGCCCCUGGUCAGCCCUGAGCCUCAACCUAAUCCAGGGACAGGAAACUCAAACUCUGAGUUGACUCAGAUCACAACACUCUAGCACCACAGUCACCUCCGCCAGGUGGGCGGGGGAAAGGGUUGGGCUAGGAGUGAGGGCGGAGUCAAGAUAAAUGACACGCCCUUUUAGGGACAAAGGGGCUCACUUUAGUGUCUUAAAUGGUUUUGGAUGUUCUUGUCCACGGUUUUGUUCUUAUUUGAGAAUUAUUACACUUUGUUGUUCAGUGUUGCAGCCUUGUACAGAUGCUUUUUUGUCUCUCUUUACAACAAUCAAUGUUUUUCUUGAAAUUUGAGACUGUAGAAUUUCAUGGCCUUAAACAUACAUCUGAACCUAUGAAUUAAGUGUAUCAGUCCUCUUUGUGGUAUUGCCAAGUGUUGGACUGUACUAUAUACACUAUUAAGUAUUUAUAGUGUAUAAACAGUAUAUAGUAAAUGGACUGUACUAUGUAUUAUGUAACUAUAUACAGUUAUGACACUGAAUCUUAAACUACAGAGACUUGUAAAGCCUGAUUGUUAUAAAAAAUGAUAUUUUUUCUUGGUCUGACUGUACAAUAAGCAAAAAUAUUUUAUAUACAUGUAUGUUUGGUAGCACAGACUAAAGCUUAAAAAAUACUUGUAAAGAAAUGAAAAGGUAUUGCAAAACAUUUGCUGUAGUGUUAUAUAUGUGCAUAAAAUGAAGUUAAUCAUAUUCGAGGCUUUGCAUUGUUGAAGACGUCAGUCAGCAUUACCUCGAAUUUUUUCUCGAAUGUUUCCGCUUCGCUCUGUAUCUUGCUUUGCUAUUACAUAAUGGAUUCUUCUCGUUGAGACAGACAACAAAGAGCCAGCAUUGUCAUGGGUUUACAUCACAGACCACUGAAUGUGAAAAAGACUAUAUAUAUAAAUUAAAUAUAUAUAUAUAUAUAUAUAUAUAUAUAUAUAUAUAUAUAUAUAUAUAUAUAGAAAGUGUCAGUGAAGUAUAGAUAUAUUGUACACCUAAUGCUUAUUCCUGUAAACUUUAACUUGAUAUUGUGAUUGAUUGAUUGUUUGUUUACUUGCUGCUUUGAUUGGCUAAUCAUCUACCUGUACUUGCAUAUUUAUUGACUGGUGGGACCAUAUUCUGAUGGACUGAAAUUAAAUGCCAGCUAGUGCUAUGGACGUUUACACAGCCUAUAUGGGAAAUCCUUUUCUCUUCUACACGCUUAUUAAAGAGCAGUUAUUAAAAUGCAUUUCUAUGGCUGCAAGGCACUGCUUAUGAUUAAAAACUCCUACAGCAUGUUAUUGUGAAAGAUCCCAAUGAUAUAUCUCAGAAUAACAAGCUGAUAAUGUUGAUUUCAGUUGCACUAAAAACUAAGUGAACCCUUGGGUAUCUGUAUAAAUUGGGCUUGGUGGGUCAAACAAAGUCAGUCAGGUAAAGUAAAUAAAUAAAUAAGCUUAUAGUUUUUUAUAAGCUUUUUGGUAGCAUACUGUAAACUUACACAGUGCAGGGUGGAUUUAAUAACAGUUUGACCCACCUUUAGUGACAAUAACCUCCACAAACAUUUCAAUUCAACUGCGGAUCAGGCCUGCACAACAGUUGGGAGGAAUUUUGCACUGCUCCACUUUUCAGGUCAGCAAUAUUCUUGGGAAGCCUGGUGGCUCUCUUGAGGUCAUGCCGAAACAUCUCACUCGAAUUGAGGUCAGAACUCUGACUGAGCCACAUCAGGAGGCGUAUUUUCUUCUGUUGAAGCUAUUCUGCUGUUGAUUUGCUCCUGUGGUUUGGGUCGUUGUUCUGUUGCAUCACCCAAGUUCUCUUGAGAUUCAAAUAGAGGACAGAUGGGCUUGUAUUCUCCUGAUAAACUGGGAAUUCAUUAAUUAAUUUUGUCAAUGAUAACAAGCUGUCCGGGCUCCAAACCUAGUGAUUUACACUUUUUUUCCCACUCUGCACUUUGAACAUUUACACAGCGGGUUCAAUAAAUACAUGAAACUGUA